GCAGGGAUUUGGUCUCUUGAAAAGUGGCGCUCGGCAAACAACAGCAUGACCCUUUUGGCCACGCAUGAUGUUUUUCUUUGUAUGCUCGAACGUUCCCCCCCUUUCAUUCCGUACUUUUGACUCACUGCAAUAAUGCCGCUCCAAAUUGGCCUCAGCGAGGGGCCUGACAGUGGCGUGGAAGUUGAGGACGACGAUCUUCUGUACGAUGACGCAGGGAGUUCAUUUGUCAAUAGCUCAGGGCUCAGUUCAACUACUUCAAUUGCCUCCAGCAUUAGGAAUUACCAAUAUGAAAACGGUCGCCGAUAUCAUGCGUUCAAAGAAGGCCUUUACACAAUGCCCAACGAUGAGCAGGAGCAAUCGCGACUCGAGCUUCAUCACCACAUUCAUCGAUUGAAACUCGGUGGACACCUUUACCGCUCCCCAAUUCCCCAAAACAUCUCCACGAUAUUAGACCUGGGAACGGGCACUGGCGUCUGGGCAAUUGAAAUGGCAGACAAAUUCCCGAAUGCCAGGGUCAUAGGCAAUGACCUCAGUCCAAUACAACCUCCUUGGGUGCCUCCAAAUUUGCACUUCGAGGUCGACGAUUUCGAAGCCGACUGGAGCCAUGAUACUCAGUUUGACUUUAUACACGCGCGCGACCUUCAAGGCUCCGUCUCUAAUUACGACCGCCUCGUCAGCCAGGCAUACAAUCAGCUCAAUCCAGGCGGGUGGUUUGAGUUUGCCGAGGUUGACCUGAUUGUGUGCGGUGACGACGACACGAUCCAGCAAGCAAAGAGCCUCAAAGAGACGACCCGACUCGUGAAGGAGGCCAGUGCUCGCAUGGGCAGAAUAAUGGGAACGGCUACGGAGCAUAUGCAGCGUCUUUCAAACGCGGGUUUUGUUAACAUCAGAGAAGACGUCUACAAGGUAAGCCAACGUCUCUUGCUGUGCCGCCCCCGGUCGCUCUCUGACCAGUUGCAUUCCCAGAUGCCCAUGUCACCGUGGCCCAAGGAUGCGAAGUUGAAGGAACUCGGUAGAUAUUAUCAGGUUAACAUGCUAGAAUCGCUGGAUGCUUAUAGUUUAGCGCUUUUAACGCGGGUGCUGCAUUGGCCUGUCGAGGAUGUACGUGUGCUGCUGAAUGGCGCCCGAACAGAACUCUUGGAUCGGAACAUUCAUACAUAUGCGAAGUGGUUUCAUGUUUAUGGCCAGAAACCUAGGAAUUCUUGAUGACGUUAGCACCCUCUAGUCGUUCAGAUUUCGCAACGUUCCCACUGCGAGAAUACAUCUCGCCUCUCAGGUCACAGCAUGCCUCAAGUUGUUGGGACGCAAAGAAUGCCAAUUAUACAGGUCGGAGAUAUGUACAAAGUCUACUGCUUUUCCCGGUCUAUCUCUCAACAGAUUAGCGGCAGCUUUUCCUUCUCCAGAGUCACUCGUACCGCAGGGCGUGUCUCCAGAUUCUUAACCAGCGCGCCGUACUUGGGAAAAAGCGACAUAUUCUCACCCAUCAUCGUCCCCCAUCGAUAGAACACGUAAAGAAACGGAUCCACGGCCGUAAAAUACCCUCCGACUGUAUGAUCUUCGUCUAGUCUCUCCUCAAUAAAUUGGAAGCUCUCCACCACCCUCUCCCGGGCCUUGAGCUUCACUCCCUCCAAACUCGUAAGAUCAGUCGCCGUAGUCCAGCGAUCAGGGCGAAACAAGUGGCCGAAUCCUCCGGCAUGUAAUGUCCCGGAUAGAUAAUUCAUCCACUCGUAAACACGAACAGUGUCGAGGGUAUUCUUCCCCAUUAGCCCUCUUUCGGGCGCCAAACUGGAUAUGAUUGUGGCCACAGCGGGAAGUUCGGUGAUCACUUGCUCGUCGACUGCGAUCAUCGUAACACGCAUUUUGGGGUUGAUCCGAUGAAAGUCAUCUGAGAAUUUCACUUCCGGGCCUUUGUUGAUAACCUGGAAAGGCUUGAAGUCGGCUUCAAUUUCAUGUAGGAGAAUGUGGGGGCAGAGUGAGCAGGCCUCGAGGCGAAGAAAAAUCUGAUCUCGGGCAUUUUGUAGCGACGUUACACGUUGUAGAUGCAAGUGAAAAUAUCGGGUCAAUUUUACAGCAUGCAGAAGCUUAGUAUCCAACUCGAUAUAUAUCUGCUUACGACGAUUGCUAAUCUUCAUCCGUUCUCCGGAGUACUUCCGCACUUCAACUUCGGCGUCGACUUGCCCUGCCAAUAAUCAGGGAAUGCCACGUUCC